GCUCCAAGGCUGGGGGCGGAGCCGGCCCAGGUAGAGCUGCCCGGCGGUGCCAGCCAGGAGCCGCGCGGCCAGGCCCGCGGGAUGAGGUGCUGCCGCCUCUGCGUCUUUGACGCCGCCCGAGGGCCUCGGCGGCUCAUGCGCGUGGGCCUCGCGCUGAUCCUGGUGGGCCAUGUGAACCUCCUGCUGGGAGCUGUGCUGCACGGUACAGUCCUGCGGCACGUGGCCAAUCCCCGUGGCGCCAUCACGCCGGAGUACACCGCUGCCAAUGUCAUCUCCGUGGGCUCAGGGCUGCUGAGCGUUUCCCUUGGUCUUGUGGCCCUUCUGGCAUCCAGGAACCUUCUUCUCCCAGGACUGCACUGGGCCCUGUUGGUACUGGCUUUGAUGAACCUCCUCCUGUCCGCUGCCUGCUCCAUGGGCCUCCUCCUAGCUGUGUCACUCACUGUGGCCAAUGGUGGCCGCCGUCUUAUUGCUGACUGCCAUCCAGGACUGCUGGAUCCUUCCAUACCGCUGGAUCAGGGAUCUGGGCACACCAACUGCUUCUUUGACCCCACAAGAAUCUAUGAUACAGCCUUGGCUCUCUGGAUCCCUUCUCUGUUCAUGUCUGCAGCAGAGGCUGCUCUGUCUGGUUACUGCUGUGUGGCUGCACUCACCCUUCGUGGUGUUGGGCCCUGCAGGAAGGAAGGGUUUCAGGAACAGCUGGAGGAACUGACAGAACUUGAAUCUCCUAAAUGUAAAAGGCAGGAAAAUGUGCAACUCUUGGAUCAAUAUCAAGAACUCCAGGCAUCAGAGAAAACCUGGGUGUAGGACAGGCAGGUGCCAAUCUGAGGCCCAGUCCACAUGUAUUUUCCACUAAACAAGGAGCUCUUGAGCCCAGGAUGAUAUAAAUAACUGUAAUAAAAAAACUUAUCUUUUCUUCUA